AUGAGAGCACCGCAGCGCAGGACCAACACCAUCAUCACCAUGAGCGACCACGACGCUGAGAAGGCCAUUCCCAGCAAUGGCAAUGGCGCCGCCACCGACAGCAGUGUCGCCUACGCCUCCGAGGGCCAGCGCGGUCCAUGGAGCAGACGCUUCGUCGACAGCUUCAAGCGCGACCCCAAUGCUCACGUCACAAAGAGCAGCGAGCGUGCUGUGACCAAGGGCUUCGACCAUGAAGGAGCUGCCCAAGCCACCGCGAACUCGGGUCUGUCGCGAAAGCUUCAGGGUCGCCAUCUGCAGAUGAUUGCUAUUGGUGGUUCAAUUGGAACUGGUCUUUUCGUCACUUCCGGCGCGGCUCUAUCAUCUGGUGGACCGGCCUCCCUCAUCAUUGCCUUCGGUAUCAUUGGUAUCAUGAUUUUCUGUACGGUUCAGGCUUUAGGAGAGAUGGCCGUCGUGUUCCCAGUUUCUGGCUCCUUCUCAGCAUUCUCGACGCGUUUCCUCGAUCCCGCUUGGGGCUUCGCCAUGGGAUGGAACUAUGCUAUGCAAUGGCUAGUUGUGCUGCCGCUAGAGAUUGUCGCCGCUUCGAUCACACUUUCAUUCUGGCCUGGCGCAGCAGACACAAACUCCGCAGCCUGGGUUACCAUUUUCCUGGUCGUCAUCGUCGCUAUCAACUUUUUCGGUGUCCGAGGAUAUGGCGAAGCCGAGUACGUCUUUGCCAUUAUCAAGAUCAUCGCCGUCAUUGGCUUCAUCAUCCUCGGUAUUGUUCUCAACUGUGGAGGCGGUCCGAACGGAGAGUACAUUGGCAACCGUUACUGGAAGACAAACAACGUCCCAGCAGACUACGCCGGUUACUUCCAAGAUCCCGAGGGCAACCCCCCUGGAAGCAUCAAGUCAGGCGCAUUCAACAACGGCUUCAAGGGUCUCUGCUCCGUCUUUGUUACUGCCGCUUUCUCCUUCGCCGGUACCGAAUUGGUUGGUCUUGCAGCAGCUGAAGCCAGCAACCCCCGCAAGACCCUCCCCACUGCUAUCAAGCAGGUCUUCUGGCGUAUCUGUCUCUUCUACAUGGUGGCCCUCACUGUCGUGUCCCUGCUGGUCCCCUAUGGCGACGACCGUCUGCUUGGUAGCAGCUCUGAGGAUGCCAAGGCUUCUCCGUUCGUUAUUGCCAUCAACAACGCUGGAAUCUCCGUCCUGCCAUCUAUCAUGAAUGUCGUCAUCCUCAUCGCCGUUCUGUCCGUUGGCAACUCCUCCAUCUAUGGUUCUUCCCGUACUCUGGCCGCUCUCGCUGAGCAAGGCCAAGCUCCCCGGAUUCUCGGCUACAUCGACCGUAAGGGCCGUCCCUUGGUUGCCAUCAUUGUGUCUUCCGUGCUGGGUCUGCUCUGCUACGUCGUAGCCGGCGGCCAAAAAGACGCAAGCACCGCUCUUAACUGGCUCUACUCGCUCUCGGGUCUUUCCUCCAUCUUCACCUGGGGCUCCAUCUGCCUCGCGCACAUCCGCUUCCGCAAGGCCUGGAAGGCCCAGGGCCACAGCCUCGAUGAGCUCGCCUUCACUUCCCAGGCCGGCAUCAUCGGCUCCUGGAUCGGCUUCAUCCUCAACGCCCUCGUCCUCAUCGCCCAGUUCUGGACUGCCGUGUGGCCCGUCGACUACAGCACCUACUCUCCCCGCGGCAUCGCUGAGAACUUCUUCCUCAGCUACCUUGCUGCGCCUGUCGUCAUUCUCUGCUACAUCCCCUACAAGAUCUACUACAAGACCCCCUUCAUGCGGUCACACUCGAUUGAUCUCGUCACGGGCCGCAGAGAGCUUGACACGGCGGAGAUCAUCGCCGCCGAGAAGGCGGAGCAGGCCAACUGGCCCAAGUGGAAGAGGGUCUGGAAGUGGCUCUUCUAA